AUGGAGCAACCAGUAGUUGGUGAGAGGAAGUGGAAACAGCCAGUUGGUCAACAAUUGCCAUUGACGCCGCCUGCGACGGUUGAGAAACCAUUGAGAGCCGAGAAAUGCGGUCAGAUUAAGCCUAGGAAACUGCUGAAACAGCUGAAGACAAGGUCCAGGAAACCAAGGUUAAAGUACAGGCCAGAGCCCAAUACAGUGUUGAAUUUAGAUGAUUACGUCUCAGGUGUGAGAGACACAAAAGAUUUGAAAAAUGCAGAGUUUGUACGAUACGCAUUACAGCACAGUAGAAGGGUCAUAAUGGUCACUGGAGCUGGAAUCUCUGUGGCAGCUGGAAUUCCAGAUUUUAGGUCUAGCAACGGGCUUUUUUCCCAAUUGAAGGGCAAGAAUUGUUCAUCAGGAAAAGAGCUUUUUGAUUACAAUAACGUUUAUUCGAGUGAUGAGAUGAACAUGAAGUUUAAUAAAAUGAUUUCUUCUCUACAUGACCUUUCCAAAAGAUCCACUCCAACGAACUUCCAUCAUAUGAUGGAUGAGAUUGCAUUAGAGGGCCGAUUACAGAGGCUUUAUACACAAAAUAUAGAUGGUCUGGAUACAAGACUACUGAACUUGGCAACUAAGGUACCUCUGGAGAUACCAGCACCACAGACAGUGCAAUUGCAUGGUAGCAUUCAUCACAUGGAGUGUAAUAAGUGUUCGAUAGUCGCGGAUAUGGAUACUGCUGCAUUCAGAUGCCAGGAGGAUGACGAAAAAGCGCAGGUAGUUCCCACCUGUGCUCAAUGCGAAGAGUUUGAGAUUGUUCGAAACGCUGGCGGAUUACGAUCGCAGGGAGUGGGAAAGAUGAGACCCAGAGUUGUUCUCUACAACGAGCUUCAUCCGGAAGGCGAUAUUAUUGGAAGGAUUACCAACUCGGAUCUGAAGAAGAAACCAGACUGCUUGAUCAUUGCUGGUACUUCAUUGCAAAUUCCGGGAGUAAAGGCGAUUUGCAAGCAAUUUAGUCAAAAGGUGAGAGAUUCAAAAGGUAUAGUGCUUUACAUGAAUCAAGAGAUGCCAAAACGACCCAUUGUAGACGCCAUAGGCCACAUAGAUUUGUUGGUCCUCGGUGACUGUCAAAACGUCCCAAAAUUCUUAUCGGAUGAUUAUUUGUAA